AUGAUCUCCUACCUCGUCGGCCUCGUGGCCUUUCUGCUCUUCGCCCUCGGCCCGCUGACGCAGUGGCUCUCCCCGGCCCCGCCGUCGUCGUCCUACGCCCCGCGGCCCUUCCUCAACGCAUCCCACCUCGCCCUCGACGACGCCGACGCGCCCGCCCCCGACUGCGCGCCGGACGCCUACGCCGUGCACAUUUACUCUCGCCAGCCGCUGGUUCUCUAUCUCGAGGGGUUCCUCACCGAGGAGGAGCGCGCCCACAUGUUGGAGGAGAGUGCCCCCCUCUGGACCCCCUCCCAAACCUCCAACGGCGCCACAACAGCCCACGACCCGGCAGCGCGGCUCUCGGACGUGGCGCUGCUGCCGCGCACGCGCGCCGUCCGCUGCGUCGAGCGCCGUGCCGCCGCGCUGCAAGGCUGGCGGCCCGACGGCUGGUAA